UCAGAGGACGUGACGAGGAAGAAGACCGAAUACCAAAAAUACUUAGAGCUUUACAAAUUGAUGAGAUCCAGGUUCGAAGAGCAUUAUGUAAAAUAUAGCCAAGCACUAAAUAGUGUUUCGCAAACUGUCAGCAAACCCAGGAUAUUGACAAAUUUCGCAACUAUAUAUAAAGCGGGACGCGGCGGACGGAAGUUGGACGAAGUUAGGGAUAAGUAUCAGAAGGCCUGCAGGAAGCUGCAUCUCACUCACAAUGAGUACGUGUUGCUGCUGUGCGAGGCUGCAGAAUUCGAAAAGGAUUUCAGGACGGUUCUCUUACCAGGAUUGUUAGAGCAUCAGCAGUCGGUGCAGGAAACCUUCAUCGCUAGCUGGAAGCAGAUUCUUCUGGAAGUCUCCCAAUACUCGGAUCUCACCUCGGAGAAGUUUAAAGAAAUCCAGAAGAAGAUCGAGAGCGGUUUGGAGGCGAUCAAACCGUCAGACGAAUACAAUGAUUUUACUGAAAAACACAAGACUACGCCUACUGAGCCUGUGAAAUUUAUGUUUGACGAGAGUUUGGUGGAGGAUUCUGCGGGAAAAUUGCUGCCGAAUCAAUUGACAGUUGAUAAUCUGACGGUGGAGUGGCUGAGGAACAAGCUGAGCGAUUUGGAGGGUGGAAUCAAAGAGAACCAAGAGAAGAGGACGAAUCUGCAGAGUUCCAACCAAGAGGCUAUACCUAAUGGGAAAGUCUCCAGCAACGACUCGAAUAAUAGAUUGUCGUAUACGGGUGAGACAAACAAGAAGGAGGUGAAUGAACUGAAGUGUCUGGAGCGGAAAAUGCUCAAGCAGACGGAGCUGAUCAAGUGUGCCUUGAAUGAGCUCGGAUGCGAAGAGGUUCCAUCCGGAUUGGAUCUGUCCAUCGACAACCAGACGUUCAUCAGCAAUUCCAGCGAACAGGGCGACGGGUCGCAAUCCGGCUUGAAUAAAAAGGGUCACCGGCUGGUGAACAUGCUGAAGAAGCCGUUCCGAAGGAAGUCAGCGCCUUCGUCCCCCGUGGCCCCUCCGCGGACCAAAGGGGGACGCAGGAAUUCGUCCACGCAGAGCGAGGGUGCUGAUCCAGUGUCUUUGAGUAUUAAUAAACCACUCGUGGAUGAGGAAUGGUUCCACGGGGUGCUACCUAGGGAGGAGGUCGUCAGGUUAUUGACGCAAGACGGCGACUUCUUGGUCCGGGAAACCACUAGGAAUGAUGAGUGUCAAACCGUGCUAUCCGUCUGCUGGGGCGGUCACAAACACUUUAUAGUGCAAACCACCAAUGAGGGACACUACAGAUUCGAAGGUCCAGCUUUCCCAAGCAUCCGAGAGCUGAUUCUGUAUCAAUUCAACAGCGCUUCACCGGUGACGGGGAGGUCCGGAGCCGUCCUCUACAAACCGAUACCGAGGGAACGCUGGGAACUGAACAACGACGACGUUGUACUUCUGGAUAAAAUUGGAAGAGGUAACUUCGGAGAUGUUUACAAAGCGCAGCUGAAGAGCAGCAGCCAAGAGGUUGCGGUGAAAACGUGCAGGGUUACCUUACCGGAUGACCACAAGAAGAAGUUCCUGCAGGAAGGAAGGAUUCUCAAGCAGUACGAUCAUCCGAACAUUGUUAAGCUGAUCGGGAUUUGCGUGCAGAAGCAGCCGAUCAUGAUCGUAAUGGAAUUGGUGCCAGGUGGGUCGCUGCUGACGUUCUUAAGAAAGAAAUCUUCCGCGUUGACCGAUGGUCAGUUGAUGAACAUGUGCUUGGACGCGGCAGCAGGCAUGCGGUACCUGGAGUCGAAGAACUGCAUACAUCGUGAUCUGGCGGCAAGGAACUGUUUAGUUGGAUACAGAAACACCGUGAAAAUCUCCGACUUCGGCAUGUCUAGGGAGGAGGAGGAAUACAUCGUUUCGGAUGGCAUGAAGCAAAUUCCAAUCAAGUGGACUGCACCUGAAGCAUUAAAUUUCGGAAAAUACACUUCGUUGUGUGAUGUCUGGAGCUACGGUAUCCUCUGCUGGGAGAUCUUCUCGAGAGGUGGAACACCUUACAGCGGUCUCAGCAAUUCUAAAGCAAGAGAAAAGAUAGAUUCAGGUUACAGGAUGCCAGCACCUGAAAAUACGCCGGACGAGAUGUACCGUCUGAUGUUGCGCUGCUGGGAUUAUCAGCCUGAAAACAGGCCGAACUUCGAGCAGAUCUACACGGUCGUGGACACUCUAUGCGCCGCAUACAGGGUUUCCUUCUUAUAGCCAAAAAAGCGGGAAAAGGCCGCGAGAUCUGUGAUCCAAAUGAUAAAAAAUAUAAAAAUUAUCAAAAUAAAUGAAAACAAAAACGAAGCAGUCGUGCCUCGGCGUCUCGAUGCGUUUGGCAAGCUCGGAGGAUGUAGCUGCGGCCGUCAAACAAAUUUCUUCUAGAAUUGUCCGUUUUACUUCUUCUUUACCAGAUUGAGAUGUGAUGUAUAGCCCUUAUUUAUUUUCUUUUUUUUUAUUAUUAUUAUUAUUAAAUUAAAACAUUGUAUAUUUAUUAUAUUUUUAUAUAUAUGUGUAGUAUAAUGUGAAUGUAAUAACUAUAUUGUAUAUGACGACGAUCCAGAUUAUUAUUAUUUUAUUUUUUUCAAUUAUGCGUCUUUGUUUGUAAGAUAUAGCGUAAAUAAUGGAGAGAUUUGUCGGAAAAGGAUGGCCCUUUUCCGUUACUGUUUUUAUCGACACAAAAAAAAUGAAUAAUAUAGUUUAUAGGUUUAAAACAAACUUGAUUAUUUAAUUUUAAUAAAUUCUGUAAGUACAUGUUUUUCACUGA